AUGCCUCCACCAGCAUCUUUGCUGCGCGCGGCACGGCGCAACCUGACUGUAGCACGACAGUUCCCAGUCCACGACUUCCUCGCACCUGCGCUCUUCCAUCCAACCGCCUCAUCGCGGCGCCUGGUGUCCAGCACACCCACGAGACGCGCCGAAGUCGCCGACAGCACACCAGAAGCACCAUCACCGUCACAAGCGAGAUCCCAGAACGACGGGCCCACCAAAGCCAACAGAGGAAAGCGCAAGCCGCUUACCAAGGAGCAGCGCGACUUCCUCUCGUCCGCGCUGCGCGUCAACCAGGCAGGCGAGCUGGCGGCAACGCUCAUCUACACGGCGCAGACGCCGCCCGUGGUGCGGCGGCAGCCCCACCUGCGGCCCCUGAUGCGGCACAUGUACGAGCAGGAGGAGGGCCACCUGGCGACCUUCAACGCCCUGAUUGCCCGCCACCGCGUGCGCCCCACGGCCAUGUACCCUGCGUGGUCGGCGCUGAGCUACGGGCUGGGGUGGGCGACGGCGGCGAUGGGCAACGAGGCGGCGAUGGCGUGCACGGAGGCGGUGGAGACGGAGAUCGGGGACCACUACAACGGGCAGGUGCGCGAGCUGCUCGCCAUGGUGCGCGGGUGGGAGGACGAGGGGUACGAGGUCGGCGGGGAGAUCAGGGAGCUCGUGGGCACGCUGCGGCGCAUCCGCGACGAGGAGCUCGAGCACCUCGACCACGCCGUCGAGCACGACGCGCAGAAGGCGGAGCCGCACUGGCUGCUCACGGGCGCCAUCCGGCUGGGGUGCCGGGGCGCGAUCUGGGUGAGUGAGAGGGUUUAG